UCGGGAUAUUCGCCCCAAAGGCAUCUCCGAAUCUUACGGCCGUAGAAUGAUAUAAGGAUUAAAGCAGACGAGUUUGAUGUUUUGCGUAUCAUUUUUGACUCUUGAACUAUCUUUCUUUUGAUCUCUGGUCUUGCGAUCGUAUUAUCGUAUUACAUGCAAUACACACGCUGUGUUUAGCGAGACAAACACCAUGUUCCGAUCACUACUCUCGCGCGGCGGCCUUGUCCGCAACGACAGCUACAUUUUCCCGACCGUCGAUCCGACAGAAGAUGGCCCGGACUGUAAGAGGGAUUGCGCCGACUGCACCGUGCAGUUUCCCUCCAAAGUGAAGGUUGAAACCACCAAACCGCUAUAUGGUCAUAUCAAGGAAUUUCACACCCAUGUCCUAGUCGCAACGGGGAAAUCGGACUGGACCGAGAAGGUCGAAAACGAGAAGGGUUCUUUAAUGCAAGCCUUUGACGAGUCCUCGCAUUUAUCUAAACAUGGUCGCUUCAUGAUCUCCGCUUCAAAUCUGACACCCCCAGAUACCGACGAUGAGACAAACCAAGGAACCACCAUUCUGCUCUUACCAUCGUUCACUUUUAUUGAUGCCGUCAAACAAAGCGACGUCAAUGAAGUGAUCUCUCGUUUUAUGGACGCACCAUUAUCCCAAAAUGGCGUCAUCCCCGCUAAUCCAGGGUCCAAACUAAACCCCCGGCCAUGCCAAUACGACUACGUGGUGUUGCUCUGCUCCCAUAAACGACGCGAUGCUCGCUGCGGAAUUACUGCUCCGUUAAUCAAGAAAGAAUUGGAACGCCACUUACGGCCUCUGGGGCUCUACCGUGAUGCAAACGACGAGCGUCCCGGUGGUGUGGGAAUUUUCUUCGUUUCCCACGUGGGUGGUCACAAAUUUUCUGCCAACGUUCUGAUCUAUCGGAAGGAGGAGCAGCAGAUGAUCUGGCUGGCCAGAAUCAGGCCCGAACAUUGCGAAGGACUCAUCAAGUACACCCUUUUAGAGGGAAAGGUAGUACAUCCUGAGACGCAGUUGCGCGGAGGAUUUGAUAGAGCUCGGGGAUUGACGAGUUGGUGAGACUAUAUAUUACCUAGUAGUAUAGCGAGAUAUAUAUAUAUCCACACUAGGCCCUAUUACCACUAAUAGAUUAAUGAGCG